UGCUCGCGCACACCCGGAUCUUUCGUCGCGGGGAGGAUGUUUCCGCCCGGCCGCGGUGGGCUUGACGCAACGUCCAGCGCGCGCUUUUCAUGCCUUGGCGUUUCCUUUGGCGGAUUUUCUGUUUUCGGAAGUUGCUGGGUUCAUUUUAUUCAGCGGCAGUGGUGCUUUCCCGAAUCUCAGAAUGCCGUAGGUAUCUCCUCCCCAGGUAUUGCUGUUUUGGGGGCCCUCUGCAAGAAGAGAAGACAUUAUGUGGCCCAAUAGCCUUUCUCGUUUUCCUAUUUUUUCGGAGUAUGAGCUUGUCUCCUCUGUCCACAGACAGUUCUCUUCGCUUGGUACCCUCAACUCUACGUCUCCUCCAGAGUGUUAAAAGAUCACUGAAGUUGGAUGGUCUGUUAGAAGAAAAUUCAUUUGAUCCUUCAAAAAUCACAAGGAAGAAAAGUGUUAUAACUUAUUCUCCAACAACUGGAACUUGUCAAAUGAGUCUAUUUGCUUCUCCCACAAGUUCUGAAGAGCAAAAGCACAGAAAUGGACUAUCAAAUGAAAAGAGAAAAAAAUUGAAUCACCCCAGUUUAACUGAAAGCAAAGAAUCUACAACAAAAGACAAUGAUGAAUUCAUGAUGUUGCUAUCAAAAGUUGAGAAAUUGUCAGAAGAAAUCAUGGAGAUAAUGCAAAAUUUAAGUAGUAUACAGGCUUUGGAGGGCAGUAGAGAGCUUGAAAAUCUCAUUGGAAUCUCCUGUGCAUCACAUUUCUUAAAAAGAGAAAUGCAGAAAACCAAAGAACUAAUGACAAAAGUGAAUAAACAAAAACUGUUUGAAAAGAGUACAGGACUUCCUCACAAAGGGGAAACUUUUUUCAUUUCCUUAUGGACAUCUAAAAUACAUCACUUCAUUGUGUGUUUAUGCAUGAUCAGCCUUAAAACUGUUUUCUAUUAUUUUAGGCAUUAAGGCUGACUUGCCCAUUACCAGAUUUUCCCAAAGGACCGAGUUCCUGCAUAGAGGAGACUGUUAUCACUAAACCAUGUUUGUAAAUUUCUAAUAAUCAUUGAUUUAAAUGAAAACUCAGUUUAAAAAAUAUAUAAUACAUAGUAUCUAUAUAAGUAUGUUAUAUACUACUGUGUGUUAUAUUCUAUUCUACGUAGUCAUUGUCCAAUUCUGUUUCUUGGCAGGAGCUACAUUAGCUCUUUAUAUUUCCUGAGGUAUUAAAAACUUCAUUAGCUUUUUAACUAAUUUUGGGAAAUUCAUAUUGCCUAAAAAAUAGAUUAAAGCUUAUUUUUGUUGUAAUUUGAUUUUGAGCUAUAUAGUUUUCCUGAGUGCUUUUCCUACCUCUUUCUCUGGUUCCUAACAUACAUAUUAGUUUUGGGGGUUUUUUGUUUGUUUUGUUUUUUGGUUAAUGAUUAUAUACACACAAACGUGCACACACAUGCAAAUUUUUUGUACUAAGCUAACAACUUUUACCCUUUUCUGCUCAUACAUUCAUUUUAAGAGGAUUUUGCUAAUUCUUUUGACAUCUCAAACUAGUUUGCUUUAUAUGUCCCUCAUUUUGCAAUCUGGCCUUGAAAUUUCCACUUUCUUUUAUUUAUUUAUUUUUAUUAUGCUAUUACACAGAAUUGUUUAAAUUUUAAAAUGUUUUAGGAGUUUGUCAUAAUAUUAGAAAAUAAGUAAAAUAAAAAUCAUCCCUAUAAUAUGUAUAGGAUUUAUUAAGGUAAUUAUGAAAAUUAGAAUAAGCCAAUUACUUGUUUCACUAUCAAAAGAAUGUCCUUCAGAUUCUUCUGGGUUUUUGGUGGGUUUUUUUGUUUGUUUGUUUUUUGGUCUUUCAGAUUCUUAAAAAAUUUUCCUGGAAUAGUUAAAAUAGACAAUACCAUGAGAAUUUCAAUAUUUAUGCUAUCAUUGCCUCUUCUAAUUGGUCUUUUAGUUCUAGUAAUAUUUAUUUUUUCAUUUCAGUGGGAAUUUCAGUUAACGUCAGUUACAGUCUUUAUUACAGGAAGAGUAGAAUUAUAAAAAUAACACUCUAGUGUUUUAAAUAAAUAGACAUCUGACACACAUUCUUAAGGCUUUAUAUAACUUAUUCAAGAGAAAUUUAAAACAUACACAAUAAAAUUAAAAGGCACACUGAGAUUUUCAUAGUGUCAUAAGAACUGGACCUGGUAAAUCAGGGGAUGCCUUGAUGAGAGUAUAUGAAUAAAAGAGGAUCUCCUCUGCUAAACACAGAUUUCUUAAACAAAGGAAGGCUUCUUUCUUUCUUCAGUUACUUAGGAAAUAAGCCUAAUUUUGCUGUCUUCAAUAACACUGGCUUUAUGACUAUUAGGAAAAUAAUGAAAUGAAAGGUUCUUUUUCUGUAAGAUUUGGAUGUGAAUUUUCAUAAUUAUUUUAAAUUUGUUAUGCUGAAGACUUAAGACAUAUGACCAUUCAGUGGGCUGAUACAGAUGAAAUGUCACAUUAUCAUCACAUGGUGAGGCAUGAAAUUUAUUUACUUUACAUAAUCAACCUCUACUUAAAACAACUUGUUACAGAUAUUCCUUAGUCAAUAGAUGGCAUUAUAUAGUAGUUAAUAUUUUCAGUUUUUUCUGAAGAUAAUUAAAAAUACCAUCAUUGUUAGUCUAUGACUAGUACUUCCAAUAAACAAAAUGUUUUUGAAAAGAAUGUAAGCAAAUUGUAGAGCAGUUGCCAAGAUAUGAAAUCUAGACACUUAGCUUCAGUCCAAAACAUAUUUUAUCUGUUUUGAGAAUAAUUGUGUAGGUUGCAGUAUGCAUAUUUUAAAUGAAAUGGAACCAUCUGAACUUUACAUUGUUCAGUGUUUCAGCUGUUUGUAAUAGAAAGUAUUUCAGAAUUUCCAACUUUGGUCUGUUUUAAAAAGCAUAAACUACAAUGUUCCUGUAUUCUUUAGUUAACUUUCUGUAUUCUUACAUAGUAAAAUUCAUCUUGGUUAUAGAUUUUAAAGUUAUCAGAUUCUUAGACAACAGGACAAAUUUAAAACUCUUUCUGUUCUAACACUAUAAAAUAGUUUGAUAUUGCCUCUUCAUUCUAACCACCCACUGAAGUAUUUUUUAAACAUAAAAAUAUGUUGUUCUUUCCCCAACUCAGGCUUGAAAAAGUAUUCAUCAUAUCAGCUGAAUAAUUUCACUCCCAGAAGACUACUACCCUUUUAGUUUUCUAUUUUAUCUUAACAUUAAACAAUAUAUUUUUUUCAAACAGAUACUUCAAUUUUAAAAGCACUGAGGUUUGAAGUUUAGACAUGACGACUUUUAGGAGAAACAACAGAAAUUCCCCCUAUGCUUUAACAUUCUGGGUUUAUCUGGAGAUAAAAAAUGAAGCCAUUAAUUUUGAUAGCACAAAUAUACAUUAAUGUACAACUAUAGUCCUCAGCUCUUUAUAAUGAUUCAGCUAUCAUGUAUGCCAUAUGUGAAUCAUAACCUUUCCUAUUAAUAAUGUUAAUGCUCUUGUUUUACACGAUUCGUCAUUGUUUUGGGGUAUGCAUUUCAGCUGCUAAAAAUGCUUACUUGAGAUUUGUCUAGGAUUUAAGUAAAAAUAAACUGAUUUAUUACUUUUCAAA